AUGCAACAAAAUCCUAAUCGAUUAGGUUUAGAGAAUGGUGCUUAUUUAAAAUCGUAUGAUCCAUCAUCACCUUAUCGUGCAAUGAUGAUGCCACCUCCUCCAGUCAAUUCUAAUCUUCCUUCUUCUCUUCCUCCGAUAAAUGAUCAAAGAAAUCCUUCUCUCACACGUGUACCACAAUAUUAUUAUCCACGUUAUGAUGGUGCUUAUGACACUUAUGUUCUUGAAAUGAGAGAAAGAGAACCUUUUCUACAACCACCCGAUAAUUCCCAACCAAUUCAAAAUGAAUAUAUUCCUUAUUCUCAACCAACUCAAUUACCAGUAGAUCCAUAUGGAUCGGGUACAUAUUAUCCUAACUCACAACCAUAUGUUCUUCCAUCAUCAACUAAUCUUCCUUAUGAAAAUCCUGUUCACAUAAAAAAAAAUGGUGAUCUAAGUCGUCUUGAAGUAUAUCAUUUUACUCCGAAAUCAGCAGGAGUAAAUGCUCUACCACCAGUAAUACAAUAUCAUGUAUAUCCAUAUCCUCCAUCAUCAGGAUUACAACCAUCUCAACAACAACAACAACAACAACAACAACAAGGAACAGGUUAUUUCUAUUCUCAAAAUGAUCGUCAAUCAGAUGUUCCUUAUUAUAUAUCAGAUCAAUCUCAACUUCCAAUACCUUUAAUAGAAAGAAAAGCACGUAGUUCUCAAACUGAUCAACCUUCAACAAAAACUCGUGGAGUAUCUCCAAUAGAUUUUUCUAAUCAAAGAUCUAUAAUUGAUGAUGAUGGUUAUCCACAUAUAUAUCAAAAAGAAGUUCAUACUGAUCGUUAUAAUAUAACAACAGGAAGAAUAAAUAGACGAUUUUAUGAUAUAAAUAAUUCAUCUGCUUUACCUGAUUGUCGUUGUUUAGAUUGUCAACGAGAACGAUCAAAAGUACUUAAUUAUUAUCCUGAUUAA